AUGACGGUGGAUCCAAAAAUAUGGUCUAAUUACGGCACAUUUAACGUUCGGAUUAAGGACAACGUCGAUACUGCUGCUCUUCGCUACAACACUGAGCUUGAGAAGCUUCUCAACAUCCACGCUCCACCAAGGACUAGAAAGAGAGUAAUCGAAUCAGAGAAGCGAGACUCAUUCCGUAAGCUAGACCACGUGAGGGCGCUGUCCAUCCAGACGUCUUCAGGUCAACCUAUCUGGGUGUCAUUCUGUCAGUUGAAGAACACAUCUUGGAUCCUCCAGACUAGUUCAACCGCGAAAUUCACACCGGACGAGCUGUUUAACUACGCCGAUCCGUAUCCACCCUCUGUGACCUUUGCCCUGUCAAAUCCGACCACCAACCUCAUGUCCGCCGAUGCGUUCGUCCAGUGCAUGGUUGUCGUCCACGAGGGAUCCUCAGCAAACUACCAGGAUGCUGACGUCACCACUUUUGUUCAGCUGGUGGGUGACGUCACCGUGGCAAAGAGUGGCCAGUUCCAAAGUCAAUCACUUGGACGGGCAUCUGCAAAACGUCUACCAAUGCUGACUGUACCUCAAACUGUGGUUACCCCGCCCUCUAGUGAUGGAUCCGGUCAAACAUCCAUGUCAUUACAUUCCUCCCAGAUAUCAUCAGAUUGCACCUCCGUGUCGCCGCAACCUGUUCCGGACGUCGACCGGAAGUCGGUGGUGCUGUUGAACUCGUAUGACGCACAGUCCGACACGGCGAAAGCCCGCUUUGAAGAUAUCUACGUGUCCUACAAAGCUCUCGCCGAACUCUGCUUGAUGCUGCAAGCUUCCAUGACUGGAUCCAGCGAAAAAGACUGGAUGACCUUCGCAACCAAGAUUGGUCUAUCAGUGGAACAGGUUGACAGGAUGUCCGACCGUUACAACUUCCAGUCCCCACUUUCCAUCAUCCACCUCUUCUUCGGCACAUGCCCGGCGGCGACGUCCUGUUGUCCGUCGACGUCUCCCCGUGAGAAAGCUCGAGCACUACUCGUACGCCUCAUCUCUGUCUUCCAGGAAAUGAAACGAGACGACCUGACCCACGUUGUCCGGCGCGAGCUGACGCGCAUCGACCAGGAAAUCGACCGAUACAGCAAGUUUCUCUUCGAAGGCGGCCAAUUUGAGAUUAGAACAAACGUGGGUGGCGCUGUUACCACGAACCGGACACGUCCGCGACACUCGUUCAGCGACGGGGAUGUCACCGUUUUGACACCCUCAGCAGAGAGCUUUAAAGGGAGGCUAAAUGACAUUGUCUGCUGGUUCAAGAGCAAAUCAUCUGAUGUCUUCAAAUUCACUGGAAGUAGUAAGGAAACGACUGCGGAACAGAUCUACGAAGUCCCGAGGUCGAAUUUCAGCGUGUUUGAAGACGGGAACACGUAUGAAGCACUCGUCCCUCUCAAAGGGCGGAAAAACUCGAACAGCGAUAAGAGGAAAGAAAAGGCAAAACAAAAUGAAUAUAAUUAA